GAGAUCAGCUGUGCUUCUCUGGUCUCAGCUCUGAAGUCCAACCCCUCCCAUCUGACAGAACUGGACCUGAGUAACAACAACCUGAAGGAUUCAGGAGUGAAGCUGCUGUCUGCUGGACUGGAGAGUCCAAACUGUAGACUGAAGACUCUGAGGUUGAGGAACUGCAGGUUGUCAGAGAUCAGCUGUGCUUCUCUGGCCUCAGCUCUGAAGUCCAACCCCUCCCAUCUGACAGAACUGGACCUGAGUAACAACAACCUGCAGGAUUCAGGAGUGAAGCUGCUGUCUGCUGGACUGGAGAGUCCAGACUGUAGACUGAAGACUCUGAGGUUGAGUUGCUGCAGUUUGUCAGAGAUCAGCUGUGCUUCUCUGACCUCAGCUCUGAAGUCCAACCCCUCCCAUCUGACAGAACUGGACCUGAGUGACAACAACCUGCAGGAUUCAGGAGUGAAGCUGCUGUCUGCUGGACUGGAGAGUCCAGACUGUAGACUGAAGACUCUGAGGUUGAGUUGGUGCAGUUUGUCAGAGAUCAGCUGUGCUUCUCUGGCCUCAGCUCUGAAGUCCAACCCCUCCCAUCUGACAGAACUGGACCUGAGCUACAACAACAAGGUGCAGGAUUCAGGAGUGAAGCUGCUGUCUGCUGGACUGGAGAGUCCAGACUGUAGACUGAAGACU